ACGAGCGAGGCGUGUAGGCAUGAUGUCUCCUUCGUGAGGAGAGAUGGAGAGGAGAUGGAAGGUGUGCAGAGGUUGUUUGAGGAACUGCUGUGGAAAUGAGGUCCGCAAAGCGCAAGCUGAACUGAUGUGGAAAUGAGGUCCGCAAAGCGCAAGCUGGAAUGACAAGUCUGGGGCGAUGACCUUGCUUGCACAAGCAGUUGGAUAGCUUGACCCGAACGGAGCAUUGCACAACUCUGAUUUGUGGAGUGACAGAAGGUGGCCUGCAGUAUGGGGACAAACGUGGAAUCUCUCUGGAAUCCUUCCGAUAGGUCUGGGCCUGUAUCUGGAAAUGCGUUAUGGGAAUGGGCUCAGUAAUGAAGAUGGUUCAACUGCAGGUUUGGAAAGACUCCAAGCGUCGACGAGCACAGCUCGAGUUUCUCAUGUCUUUCUCGCCCAGUGGGAGACGGUUGACUGCCAAUAUGCCUACCUAUGGCAACAGCACGUCAUUAGUAUGUAAAUUACAUGUAAAUAUUUAGGUAA